GGGGCGACCAGACCCCCCAGCCCCGCGCCCGCGCCGCGCCGCCGCCCACCCGGGGCAGCUCUGCCCGGGGCGCUGUAACUCUACACCGGCCUGAGCACUCGAGGCCUAUUUUUAUUCAGAAACCAGCGGCCAGGGCUUCCACGCAAGGUCCUCGAAAACUGUUGCUGAAGGAACGGUUUGUCCAAAAAAAAUCUUUUGAGAUUUCUAAGUUGUGCUGCCAACUUCCCGGGGAGGCCUCCGCGGGCCGCUUGGGGGUGAAGGUGUUGCGUGAGCAGGGGGAGCUGGACCCCAGGGGCGAUCCCCAGGCCCCGUCGCAGGACUCCCCGCCAGCUGCGCUCCAGCCCCGCUCCUGCAGGACUUGGCCAGUGCAGCCUGGGGUCCAGCUGGUGCUGGCGAGGACAGGGGUGAUGAACGCGGCCGCCAAGUACCGCCUGGCCUCCCUGUACGUGGGGGACCUGCACGCCGAGGCCACCGAGGACCUGCUGUUCCGGAAGUUCAGCGCCGCGGGGCCCGUGCUGUCCAUCCGCAUCUGCAGGGACCUGGCCACGCGCCAGCCCCUGGGCUACGCCUACGUGAACUUCCUGCAGCUGGCGGACGCCCAGAGGGCCCUGGACACCAUGAACUUCGACGUGAUCAAGGGCAGACCCAUCCGCCUCAUGUGGUCUCAACGUGAUGCCUGCUUACGGAGAUCAGGAAUUGGGAACGUGUUCGUCAAGAAUCUGGACAGAUCCGUGGACAACAAAACCCUCUAUGAGCACUUUUCAGGGUUCGGAAAGAUCCUGUCCUCCAAGGUGAUGAGCGACGAUCAGGGAUCCAAGGGCUACGCGUUUGUGCACUUUCAGAGCCAGAGCGCUGCCAACUGCGCCAUCGAGCAGAUGAAUGGCAAAGUGAUCAAUGACCGGCCUGUGUUUGUCGCCCCAUUCAAACCCCGCAAGGAUCGGGAAGCCGAGCUCAGAAGCAGAGCCAGUGAGUUCACCAAUGUUUACAUCAAGAACUUUGGGGAUGACAUGGACGAUGAGAGACUCCAAGGUGUUUUCAGCAGAUAUGGCAAGACCUUGAGUGUUAAGGUGAUGACAGAUUCCAGCGGGAAAUCCAAAGGCUUUGGCUUCGUGAGCUUUGAGAGCCACGAGGCUGCCAAAAGGGCCGUGGAAGAAAUGAAUGGGAAGGACAUGAACGGGCAGCUCGUUUUUGUAGGCAGGGCACAAAAGAAAGUAGAGCGACAGGCUGAGCUGAAACACAUGUUUGAGCAGAUGAAGAAGGAAAGAAUUCGUAGGUGCCAAGGCGUGAAACUCUAUGUUAAGAACCUCGAUGACACCGUUGAUGAUGAACAACUACGAAAGGAAUUUUCUUCAUUCGGAUCUAUUACCAGAGUCAAGGUAAUGAAGGAAGAAGGGUACAGCAGAGGCUUCGGCUUGAUAUGCUUCUCCUCUCCAGAGGAAGCUGCCAAAGCCCUGACCGAGAUGAACGGCCGCGUCUUGGGCUCCAAAGCCCUCAGCAUCGCCUUGGCCCAGCGGCCCUGAGAAGGUGGCUUUCUCGCCAGGUGGGGAGGAGUGGACAGCUUUGCCUGCCUUGUCUUCAGGAGACCUCCAAUCCCGCUGAUGGCUGCUGAUUGUAUUUCAUUUUAUAAUAUGAUUUAUUUUUUCAUGCAAAUCCAGUUUUUUCUUUUGUGGAAAAAUAAAUGAAUCUCAGGUUCAUUUUAUAGAGGCACCUUUUCUACUGUUAAAAUUAUAUAUA